CCUCCUCCCCUCCUCCCCAAAACCCUAAUCCGCCCAUCCCCCUACCCCGCCGCCGCCACCGCCCUCUCCUCCCGCCGGCGGGCUUCGUCGGCCCGCCGAAGCACCGCCUUGCCGUCAGGGCCGCCGCCGCCCCCGCCCCCGCCCCGGCCCCCCGAGGCCAUGCCGGGAGACGUGGAGCCCGGCCAGUGGGACGCCCUCGAGCGCUGCUUCGCCGCCUCCCCGGACUCCGAUCCGCCCUCAUGCUCCUCCUCGUCGUCGUCUUUGUUGGUGUCCGGCGUGAUGGCACCGGUGAUGAAGGGGCAAUACGGGGCGUUUGGGGCGGUGACGCUGGAGAAGUCUAAGCUCGAUCUUUCCCAGAAGACUACACAGUCGAGCGCUGAGACAGCAACAGGUGGAGGAGGUGGAGAUAUUGGAAAGAAAAACUUCCAUGGUGGGGGCGAUGGUGGCGAUGAUGGUGGUGACGAUGAUGAUUACUUUGAUGACUUUGACGAAGAUGAUGAAGGAGAUGAAGGUGGAUUAUUUAGAAGGCGCCUUGUCCUUCAAGAGCUCUUUGAUAGGAAAUUUGUGGAUGCGGUGCUUCAGGAGUGGUACAAAACUAUGAUAAAUUUGCCUGCUGGACUGCGUCAAGCUUAUGAAAUGGGUUUGGUGAGCUCUGCACAAAUGGUACGAUUCUUGUCAAUUAAUGCAAGGCCAACAACAUCUAGGUUCAUUUCUCGGGCUCUUCCACAAUCCCUAUCUAGGGCUUUUAUUGGAAGGAUGCUUGCAGAUCCCUCUUUCUUAUAUAAGCUAAUCCUGGAACAGGCAGCUACUAUUGGUUGUGCUGUUUGGUGGGAGUUGAAGAAUCGGAAAGAAAGGAUAAAACAAGAAUGGGAUUUGGCACUCAUAAAUGUUCUGACAGCAUCGGCUUGUAAUGCAUUUAUCGUCUGGUCACUUGCACCAUGUCGUUCCUAUGGGAAUACAUUCCGUUUUGACUUGCAAAAUACAAUCCAGAAACUUCCAAAUAAUGUAUUUGAAAAAAGCUAUCCUCUGAGAGAGUUUGACUUGCAGAAAAGAAUUCAAUCUUUCUUCCUUUACAAGGUUCCAGAGUUAUGUCUAGUUGGUGUAAUUGCUGGAUCUCUUCAAGGUAUCUUGUUGAAAGUUUCCUCUGCAAAAAAGGAGGGGAGGUUAUCGGUGACCAUACCAUCUGUCAGUACGUAUGCUCUUGGCUAUGGUUCUUUUUUGGGCCUUUAUGCAAACCUUCGGUAUCAGCUGUUAUGUGGAAUUGAUAGAUUUAUGUUCGAUCGCUUUGAUGUUCUGGGAGUGCCAAUCUUUUUCAGCACAGCACUGAGAAUAUUGAAUGUUCAGAUUGGGGAGAUAUCCAGACAUGCUUGGCUCGGGGUGGAAGCUGAUCCACUGCUGCAGUCAGACAAUCUGUUGAAAGCAUACAACAGACCCUCAGAGGCUACCAAUAGUCCAAGUUCAAAGUGGUUCAUAUCCAAGAACACCAUUAUUUCUGGCCUUGGGUUACUUGGUAUCAAGCAAGGCAGUGGGGAACCAGAGGCCAAACCUUCAAAGACACGCCGAAAGAGAAUUGUUAGAAAAAAAGCAAGGACAGCAUAGUUGUGGUUCUCAUCACUUUGGAAACAAUUUUGAAUAUGAGGUAAAUUCUGGAUGCCGAUUGCUGCCAUGCAAGUGAACAGGGGAUAUUCUUGUUGGCAAAUUUGGUGGUUGGGCAGUGUUAUCAAGAGAUGCAAUCUUGAAAUUUUGCUUAGUUGUCCGAUGGAGAGUUUUAAAGAUUUAGACUUCUUUAAUUUUGAGCAAUAAGGUUUUCAUUAAUUUUUUGUCUUCCAGAUUGUAGUCUCUUGUAUAAUUUGUUAGAGAAAUAAUAAAAUUGAAAUUUGUUCUGAUCAC